AUGGCGGGAUCCUCGUCAAGAGGGCGAAGCAGCUCGCCAUUUCACCACCGGAAGCCGUCGAGUCCGUUCUCUUCGUAUUCAUCCUCAUCGUCGUUCAUGAACGGCAAGCUCAUACCUCGCUCGUCCUCCUCAUCGAACACCUCCUUUUACGGCUCAACUAAUGGGUACAGCUCCAGAUCCAUGACGCCGAGCAGAAAUCGGAGCGGUUCUGCAAAUCCGAAAAGCUAUGGAAGUCGUACUCCAGUCCACUAUCCGUCGGCCGAUGAGCUGCUUGCGGAGCCAGUGGAUGCUUCCAGAUCGGGGGAGAGUAUAUCGGUGACGGUUAGGUUUCGUCCUAUGAGUGAACGGGAAUAUCAGAGAGGGGAUGAGAAUGCCUGGUACCCAGAUGGUGAUAAAGUUGUUCGAAAUGAGUAUAAUCCGGCCAUCGCUUAUGCAUUUGAUAGAGUGUUUGGACAAGACACAAGUACUCAGGAGGUUUAUGAAGUAGCUGCUCGACCAGUAGUCAAGGCUGCAAUGGAAGGGAUAAAUGGGACAGUAUUUGCUUAUGGUGUUACCAGUAGUGGAAAGACACAUACUAUGCAUGGAGAUCAAAGUUCUCCAGGUAUAGUUCCGUUGGCAAUAAAGGACGUUUUCAGCAUUAUUCAAGAUACUCCAGGAUGCGAAUUUUUGCUUCGCGUAUCAUAUCUUGAGAUCUACAAUGAGGUGAUCAAUGACUUGCUUGAUCCCACUGGUCAGAAUUUGCGUAUUAGAGAAGAUGCACAGGGUACUUAUGUCGAGGGUAUAAAGGAGGAAGUUGUUUUGUCUCCAGGUCAUGCACUUUCUUUCAUUGCUGCUGGGGAAGAGCAUCGCCAUGUUGGUUCAAAUAAUUUUAAUCUGUUUAGUAGCCGCAGUCACACCAUAUUUACAUUGAUGAUAGAAAGUAGUGCCCAUGGAGAUGACUAUGAUGGAGUGAUAUUUUCUCAACUGAACUUAAUUGAUUUAGCUGGAUCUGAGAGCUCAAAGACAGAAACAACGGGAUUAAGGAGAAAGGAAGGAUCAUACAUAAACAAAAGUCUUUUGACCCUUGGAACGGUUAUUGGAAAGUUAAGUGAAGGGAAGGUAUCACAUGUUCCCUAUCGAGAUUCGAAACUUACUCGCCUACUGCAGUCUUCAUUGAGUGGGCGUGGACAUGUUUCUCUCAUAUGCACAGUUACUCCUGCAUCAAGUAAUUCAGAGGAAACUCACAAUACAUUAAAAUUUGCAAGCAGGGCAAAACGUGUUGAAAUAUAUGCAUCACGCAACAAGAUUAUAGAUGAGAAAUCUUUGAUUAAGAAGUAUCAAAAAGAAAUAUCAUGUCUCAAACAAGAACUUGAUCAGUUAAGAAGGGGGAUGAUUGUGGGUGUCAGUCAAGAUGAAAUUGUAAACUUAAGACAGAAGUUGGAAGAAGGACAAGUUAAAAUGCAAUCAAGAUUGGAAGAGGAGGAGGAAGCCAAGGCUGCUCUAAUGAGCAGAAUCCAGAGGCUUACGAAACUAAUUCUUGUUUCUUCAAAGAAUUCGAUUCCUGGCUAUUUGGGUGAUGUGUCUUCCCAUCAACGAAGGCAUUCUGUUUCUGAAGAUGAUAAGUUGGAUGCUCAGCGUGAAGGUUCUUUGCUGACGGUUAGUGAAAAUCAGGACUUGAGAUCAGAUACUUCUGAUUUUAAACACAGAAGAUCUUCCAGCAAGUGGAAUGAUGAUUUAUCACAGGCUGGCAGUACAAUUACAGAAUCAACUCAAGGGGGUGAACUUAUCAGUGGUUCUUCCAGUAGUUCAAAACUGCCCACAGAAGAAAUCAGUAUUUCAGAUCAGAUGGACCUUUUAGUUGAGCAAGUCAAGAUGCUUGCUGGAGAGAUUGCAUUCAGCACUAGUACACUGAAGCGUUUAUUGGAGCAGUCUGUAGAUGAUCCAGAGAGCUCAAAAAGUCAAAUUGAAACUUUAGAGCGCGAAAUUCAGGAGAAAAGAAAGCAAAUGAGAAUGUUAGAACAACAAAUUGCGGCAAGUGGUGAAGCUUCAAUUGCUAAAGCAUCUAUGGUUGAGAUGCAGCAGACAUUGACGAAAUUGAUGGCCCAGUGUAGUGAAAAGGGGUUUGAACUGGAGAUUAAAUCAGCAGAUAAUCGUGUCCUUCAAGAACAGCUGCAGAUCAAGUGCUUGGAGAAUGAGGAACUGCAGGCAAAAAUCAGUAACCUGGAGCAGCAGUUAGUUGCACUCAAGGGUGAAAAGUCAUCACCCUCUUCUGGACAGUGUGUGCCUGAUGAAUAUAUUGAUGAGCUGAGAAAGAGAAUUCAGAUCCAGGAGAUUGAAAAUGAGAGAUUAAAGGUAGAACAUGUUCAGAUUGUAGAGGAGAAUAGUGGCCUGUGUGUACAGAACCAAAAAUUGUCUGAGGAAGCUUCUUAUGCGAAGGAGUUAGCUUCGGCUGCUGCUGUUGAACUGAAGAAUAUUGCUGGGGAAGUCACCAAGCUCUCAUUGCAGAAUGCAAAACUGGAAAAAGAAUUAUCUGCUGCUCGAGAGAAGUUGAAUUCUAGGAGUACUAGUAUGCAGACUGGUAAUGGUGGAAGUCGCAAGUAUGUUGAGAACACAAGACCAGGUCGUAGAGGUCAUGUCUCUGGCCGAGCAAAUGACGUCGUUCAUGAUGACUUUGACACAUGGGACCUGGAUCCUGAAGAUUUAAAGAUGGAAUUGCAGGCAAGGAAACAGCGAGAGGCAGUUUUGGAGGCUGCCUUGGCUGAGAAUGAGGUUAUGGAAGACGAGUAUCGGAAAAAGAUUGAAGAGGCGAAGAAAAGGGAGGCUGCCUUGGAAAAUGAUUUAGCAAAUAUGUGGGUGUUAGUUGCUCAGCUGAAGAAAGAAAACGGUACUAAAGAGGAGUCAAAGACAAAUGACAGACAGAGUGAUGCAGUGGACAGUAUUUAUGAUCCAAAAAAUACUGAUAUUGAUAGCAAGGAUCCUGUCAGCACUGAGUUCCAAGCCCUUGAUCAUCAAUCUCCACCUCCUGACAUUCCAAAGGAAGAACCCCUUGUUGCUCGCCUCAAGGCUCGAAUGCAAGAGAUGAAGGAAAAGGAGCAUAGGUAUGUGGGGAAUGGAGAUGCAAAUUCACAUGUGUGUAAAGUAUGUUUUGAAUCACCAACUGCAGCUAUGCUUCUUCCUUGUCGUCAUUUUUGCUUGUGCAAGUCGUGCUCCCUUGCAUGUUCUGAGUGUCCAAUAUGCCGGACAAAAAUUGCAGAUAGGAUUUUUGCUUUUACUUAGAAGUUGCACUUAAGCGCUCUAAAUGAUUGAAAAGAGGAGCUCAUUAUGAGUGUACCUCAUAUUGUGCAAUUCUUUGAUUGGUUGAAUUGUAUGUAAUUGUGUACUAAAAUGCUUUUUCUUGUACAUCUUUCCACCGACUACCAAAGGAAGCAACAAGGAAAGACCAAAAUAUCAAUAGAUGAGGUUUGAGGAAAGCUUAUAUGCUUCUCAAUCGUGUGAUCUUGGAACUUUAUGUCUAAUGUACAUAAGAACAACUUAAAUGCCAUUAAUGGUGAUUUCUUCUACUGCUCUCAAUUCUGAAAAUUUGUAUAUCACUGUGUUACCUGUCAUGCUUUUUGUUUUUGGUUA